AUGCGUUUUCCACUUGUCCUGAUGCUGGCCAGUGGCGCCACCACUUGGUCACUAUUCAGUGACGAUAGUCUAUUGGCUAAGCGCCAUCUUGCAGCAAGACAGGCCAACAUCAACGAGACCAUAUGCGGUCGAUUUCCCGACGCAGGUCCAGUGCCGGAAAAACAGACCAAUUUCUAUCCUUGCGACACAUCUUUCAUUCGAUCCGAGUUUCCCUGCGAUGAAGGUGGAAAGCGGCCUUGCUUGGGAGACCAGCUGACGAGUAGUACUCCCGGCUACCUCAGAUGGGGCUACGCACCCUAUGCUCAGCCCAACGAGCCAAAGCCGUUCGAGACAACGAGCAACUAUGACUUUCCCGUCAUCCUGGUGGCUACGGACAGAGAGGCCCAGUCAAAGCACUUCUUACUGGAGCUUGACGACGAGUUCCUCGGCGAGACUGGUGGCGAGAUUGACGGCUACACCAACCUCUAUGGAUAUCCGCAGGCCACCGUGGAUGACGUCUUGCGGCCUCCUAAAGCCAGCGGUCGGGACAUCUAUUACACGCGGGGUUUCUUUUUGAUCCCGCCAGGAAAGCAUACAAUUCGUUUCCGCUGGCCUCGAGGCACUGGCAGCUAUACCUAUGGACAGCACAACUUCAAGCCUUUCAAGCAGCACCACAGCUUCAAGUACACCAAGCAGCACCUCAACGAGUACCACGAGUCCAAGUACAUCAAGCAGCAGUACCACCAGCAGCACGACCUCGACUUCAAGUACGCCAAGCAGCACUUCUACUACCUGGACCGGGACCGUCACGACUACCACCACUGGUACCGAUGGUACUAUCUCUGUUCUUACGCCGGACACCUCAUCAACAGCAUCCACGCCGGCAACGACGCCAGCCACAACUACACCGGCCACCUCAAUCACUGCCCCACCAACGAUAACAACUGCUUGGACCGGAACUGUCACAACAACGACCACUGGAACAGAUGGUACUGUGUCUAUUCUCACGCCAACAACAAUCACGAGCGUUUCCACCACGUCAACUACCACGCCAGUGACCUCAACAGCUCCCCCGCCAACGAUAACCACGGCUUGGACUGGAACUAUUACAACCACCACCACCGGCACGGACGGGACUGUGUCUGUUCUCACGCCACUGACGAUAACGAGCGUAUCUGA